CACAUAAUGGAGGAAACCUACAUUUGCAUGAUACGGCAGCAUACCGACAAUGAUGCAGCAGUAUUUGUGAAGGGGUCUCAGAGACACAACAACCAGUGCUAACAUUUCAGCUCUUGUCUUACUUUGAGACAUGUCAAAAGACCAAGUUAGUAGUGAGAACAUGCAACUCAGUGUGGAGCAGCUGCACCAGAUAGAGCAGAACAGGCGUGCUGCACUGCAAAGACUGGCCAUCCGAAAUGUACCUGUACCCGUUGGUGAAAGCUGGCGAAGACAAAUUGGGACUGAAUUUACAAAACCUUAUUUUACAAAGCUUAUGUCAUUUGUUACAAUGGAGAGGAAAUGCUUUACUGUCUAUCCCAGCCCUGAGCAGGUGUUUAAUUGGACAACUUUGUGUGCGAUUGAAGAAGUAAAAGUGGUCAUUCUUGGGCAAGACCCUUAUCACCAUCCAGGUCAGGCUCAUGGAUUGGCCUUCAGUGUGCUGAGGCCAAAAUCUCCUCCCCCAAGUUUGGAAAACAUAUUUAUCGAGCUGAAAGAAGACAUUGUUGGCUUCCAGCACCCAGGUCAUGGAGACCUCACAGAAUGGGCCAAACAGGGUGUUCUUCUGCUCAAUUCUGUGUUGACAGUGAGGGCUCAUCAGCCAACCUCCCAUGAAGGUCAAGGCUGGGAGCUCUUCACAGAUGCCGUGGUCCUUUGGCUCAGUCGCAACCUCACUGACCUGGUCUUUCUGCUCUGGGGCUCAUAUGCUCAGAGGAAAGGCAAAGUGAUUGACAGAAAACGUCAUCAUAUCCUUAAAGCUUCACAUCCAUCACCGUACUCAGCACACUUGGGCUUCUUUGGAUGUAGGCACUUCUCCAAAACUAACAUGUUACUCAAAGCAUCAGGAAAGAAGCCAGUUGAUUGGACAGCUCUCUAAAAUUAUUAUGAAUUAUGUAUGUCAUUGACGUCUAUUUGUCAAACAGAGCAGUCUUGAACAUUAAAACAUUAGUGGUUCUGUAUAUUGUACGACUCUUUGUGUAGUUAUGACAAAUAUGUAAAUGUAUCUAAGAUGCCCUGUUGUGCUGUAACUUGGGUUUGACCUUGAAAUCAUCCAUAAUAAAUUGUAUAAACUGUACAAUAAAUGAAUACAAUUAAUGUCAACUGUACUUAUUGUAAUUUCAAAGUCAUACUGGACUAAAAUAUAUAAUUUUUUUAAACUAUACCUUCAAAGUCUUGAAUUGAAAAACUUUUUUGAUAAGUUCAUUGUGUAAUGUGCAAACAAACAAUCCAACCAACAAAUAAGUAAUAAUAUUCUUGUAUAGGAAACAAUCAAAAUAUUUAAUGAAAAUAUAAGUGAAUUAUCAUACACAGUAGGCUAAUGGUUGGAAGCACAAUCUUAAACACCUAUAAACAGUAUAAAAUUAGAUUUUAAAUAUAAAUUAUAUUACUGUAAAUCAGGGCUUGAGAUUAACUUUUUGGCUCACCGGCCACUGAGGCUAGUGGUAUUCCAAAGUCACUAGCCACUCAGCGUUUUCACUGGUCAAAAUCCCCUGCCCCACAAAAACCGAUAAAGGUAACUGGAGACUGUAACUGCAUGCAUUUCUUUGGACAUUUUAUUUUAACGAGAAUGAUCUGAGAUCAUCAGGACG